UCGGUUCAGUCUGUCGCAACGUUUUCUUCUCCUGCUCUUUGUUUCUCAAGGAAAAAGUUCUGAUGGACGGACUCUGAACGGUUCAAACCUGGUUGAAAACCGACCAAACCUGAUCGAAAGUCAGCACUAGGUGGACUCGGAGCGUGACCUGGACCUGGAGUGGGACCAAAACCUGGAGCGGGACUCGGUGAGGGAGAGAGGAGAGUGGAUUCUGCUCUCUGGCUGUUUGGAUCAGAAUCGCAUCAUGGGCUGGUAGGACGGACUUUGGUGGAAACUUUCACUUUUUGUCUCCAUGGAGAUGAGUUUUUCCCGCCACCUGAGGAGCUGAUCACACUCUGAUCAGGUAUCGAUACCUUGUAUUGAUCGUGUAUUGAUCGGCGGGAUGGCUUCCCUCCUCCUGCUGCUGCUCGCGUUUUGGACCUACGGACAUGCCGAGAGCGCGUUCCCGCAGAGGAACUCCUACAGCCUUUACGCAGGCGCGCACACCAACACGCACGGAGCUCGCGCCGCCAGCAGGCACAGGAAUUGGUGUGCGUUCGUGGUGACAAAGACGGUGAGCUGUGUGGUUGAGGAUGGAGUGGAAACGUACGUGAAGCCUGAUUAUCAUCCCUGCAACUGGGGGAGUGGACAGUGCAGCAGGGUGGUGGUUUAUCGGACAUACAUGAGGCCGCGUUAUAAAGUCGCCUAUAAAAUGGUCACGGAUAUGGAGUGGAAGUGUUGCCAUGGCUACAGUGGAGAAGACUGCAACGAUGGUCCAGUUGGAGGAGGGGGAACACAGAUAUCCACCACCAGACCUCAGCCUAGGCCAGGACAGGGAAGUGGAGGACAAGGGGGAGGAGGAUAUGGAUCAGGAGGCGGGAGCUACGGAGGAGGAGGGCAAGGAGGAGGCAGCUCAGGAUCUGGACAAAGCGGUGAGCAUCCAGGUCGAGCUGAGAGUGAGAGGGUGAGGCAGCUGGAAGAGAAGAUCCAGCAUCUGACUAGAAACCUCAAUGACCUCCAGACCACAAUGAACACCAUGAAGGAGAACUUCCAACAAGAGGUCAACAAGCCUGGCUUCAGUGGAGGAGGAGUAGGAGGAGGCUCCUCAGGAGGGAGAAACCCUGCAGAUGCUGCUCAGCCAGAGAUUAAAGAGACAAUUAACAGCAUCCAGAACAAACUGGACCAACUGGACAACCGCACACAGGCUCAUGAUAAAACCCUGGUCAGCAUCAACAACCACCUAGUGAACGGGAAAGGGAACGACCUGGACGGAGGCGCGUCUGGAGGGGGGCUGAACGGAGGGAGGCUGAACACGCUGAAGGAGGAGAUCCUGAGGGAGUUGGAGAGGAGGGUGUCCCUGUCCUGCUCCUCCUGCCAGGCUGGUGUGGAGGACCUACGGAGACAGCAGCAGGCUGACAGAGAGAGCAUUCGAGCUCUGCAGAAGCAGAUAAACGCCAUGGAUGUACGGUAUCAGCAGGGCCUGGACAGGCUUCAGCGGGAAGUUCUGCGUUCACAGGGAUGUUGCGACACCGUCAAUGACCUCCAAAGACGCGUCACAGAUGCUGAGCGCAAAAUUAGCUCCGCUUCUGAAAACUUUGAUGUCCUGAACAACCGCCUAGACAAGGAGCUCAGUGGGGCAGACGGCAGCAGGAACAAUGAAAAUGGCGGCUUUGGCGGAGGAGGUUUCGGGGGUGGUGGUGGAGUUGGGGGAGAUGGUAGGGAUGCUGUGGUGACAAAGGAUGGACUGGACAAUCGGCUGAGGGAACUGGAGCGGCGGAUCAACAACACAGUCCAGCAGACUGAGCAGAGCUGCUCAUUGAUAGAGAAUGACCUGAAGGAUUACUUCCACAGAGAGCUAGGAGACCUAAGGACGGUGUUCCUCGACCGCUUUGAUGACCAGGCCUACAGGAUCGCAGAUGUGGAGCUGGACGUGGGGCUGGUGAAGGACAGGGUGAGUGACCAGGACAAGAGGCUGUCCAAACUGGAGAACAGCACCACGCUCCUGAGCCGCAGGUUUGACGAGUGUGGCUGUGGAAGCUUAGAGGAGGGAGGAGGAAGAGGUGGUGGACAUACAGGAGGAGGAGGUGACAGGGGAACCAGUGGAGGAGGGAGGUGGGGAGGUGGAGGAGGAGAAGGAGGGACGACAAGUGGAGGAAGAGGUGACGGAGGAAGAGGUGGCAUGGGGGGAGGAAGUCAUGGAGGUAGAGGAGGAACUACUGGAGGAGGAUUGCCUGGAACAGGAGGAGAGAGAGAUGACACAACGGAGAAAUCUCUGGAGUGGAGAGUGGUCGCCAACGAGGAUCAGAUCCGGCACUUUAACACUCGACUCAAAGACCUGUCAGUGUCCGGAGACUCUCUGCUUGACAAGGUGGUGGACUUAAGCCAUGAUGUGCGUAAAAUUAAAGCUCUGACUGGUGAUCAUGGUGAGCACUUCAACAGAAUCGUGACUGAGGUGGAGAUGCUGGGCCAUGACUGUGAGCUGUGCCAGAAGGUGGACGAAGAGCUGCGAAAGUUGAAAAAUCAAUCCCAGGAUGCACUGGGACGCAUGCAGAACCACAUCAACAGACUCAACAUUCGACUGGAUUCAGGGAGAGAAGGCUGCUCUCAAACCUGCUCACACCUGGAGGAUGAAGUCCGCCUGAUGAGAGACGAUGUCAGGAGGUGCACCAGCAGAUGUAGAACCAGCCCUGACACACCCACAGGUGGUGGUUCUGGCAGCACUGGUGGUACUGGUGGACUUGGGCCUGGGUUGGAUGCUGAGAAGCCUUUAGAUGGCCACAGCGUGAUUGGAGGCUCCAUCAACAACAACCAGCUGAAGACUCUGCAGGGUGAACUGUCCGAAGUCAUCCUCACCUUCAGCUCCAUCAAUGACACCCUUAAAGGACUCGAACACACGGUGCAGAAACACGGCAGCGUCAUCACCGACCUUGGGAACACCAAGGAUAAGAUCAUCUCUGAGCUCGAUAAGAUCCAGGAGGAGGUGACGGACCAUGUCGAGGACAGCCGUGAGCGUCUGGAGGGGAUGGACCGGGACAUCCGGCGGUUCGAGAAUACUCUGCUAGUGGAGAUGGGAGACUGUAGGCGGUCUGGAGACGGGCUGGAGAAGAGGCUGUCAAAGCUGGAGGGAGUGUGUGGGAGACUGGACAGUGUCUCUGACUCCAUCCUCAAAAUUAAAGAAGGACUGAACCGACAUGUUUCCAGUUUGUGGACAUGUGUUUCUGGUCUGAAUGACACUGUCAUCCAUCAUGGAGGAAUCAUGGACAUAAUUCAAAAGAACCAGGACGACGUCUACACCAGGAUGAAGACAAUGAACUCCAGCCUGAACCAAGUCCUGAAAGACUUGCAGGGCUUCUCUGAGCAUGACUUGACUGGCCUGCCAGGACCUCCAGGACCCCCUGGAGAAAGAGGCUUCAGUGGGCUGCCAGGUCCAAGAGGGCCUUUUGGACCUCCAGGACGACAAGGUGAACCUGGAGCACGAGGUCUACCUGGUCCCAGAGGUGAAACAGGUUUGCCUGGUGCUGAUGCUCACAUACCCAGACUGUCCUUCUCUGCUGCUCUGACUGUUCCCAUGGAGAGAUCAGGGACCAUCGUCUUUGAUAAAAUCUUUGUUAAUGAAGGAGACUUCUACGACCCAAAAACAGGUAUUUUCACCGCCCCUGUGGACGGACAUUACUUCUUUAGUGCCAUCCUGACGGGUCACAGGAACGAGAAGAUUGAGGCAGUUCUGUCCAAGUCUAACUACGGCAUGGCUCGGGUGGACUCUGGAGGUUAUCAGCCUGAAGGACUGGAGAACAACCCUGUGGCUGAGGCUAAAACCACUCCAGGAUCUCUGGCUGUUUUUAACAUCAUUCUGCCUCUGCAGACCAGGGACACAGUCUGCAUCGACCUGGUGAUGGGCAAACUGGCCCACUCUGUGGAGCCCCUGACCAUCUUCAGUGGCAUGCUGCUGUAUGAAGACAUGUGAAGUGUUAAUGCAGACAAACAACACCAUUCAAGUUUCAUGACAAACCCACAGGAGGUUGCAGCCUGAUGUAUGAUGCCACUUCCUCAUUCAGGAGUGUUUUUACGCUGAUGACAGAAUAUUUUAAAUGAACGUUCACGACUGAACAGAAAUCACAUGUUCUUAACAGAAAAUAGAUUUUGUUUUUUUAACUUUAAGGAGUGUUUGCCACUUCACAUUUGGACUACAGAAUGAGUUGAAUAAUGGCUGACUUAUUUAACUGGUCAGCUGAUGUGAUAAGGUCACAUGAUCUGACGUCAGAGCAGCACUUUGAGGACAGAAUGACGUCACUGAUCCUGAGGAGAAGUUUCUUACUGCUGCUUGAAGCUUUUGAACAUUUUUAUGGAACUAAACACUCUUGUGUUGAACGGUUUCGGUAUUAACAGUGUCAACAGCUAUUAGCGUCCCCUACAGGCUACACAGAUUACUGUCUUGGCCCAAAUAUAAGACAAAGACUUCAUCAAGAAACACUUCAAAAACGUCAGAUCAUCUGGGUGCCUUGUAAGGUUAGGUUGGGCUCAAGAUACGCAAGCAGCUGGUCGAGUCUGGCCUGUGGCUCUUUCACUGCAUGUCAUUCCCCACUCUCUCAUCCCUCUUUCCAGCUCUAUCCACCACCUUUUACAACAUUUUACCAAAUACACAUGGAAUGUGGCACAGCCGAGUCAUGAAACUUUUUUAAACCAGGUGUUAUGUUGGCACAUAAAGAAAGAUAUGAGAGCUCAAUAUAUCCAUAUAGAAAUCUCCAUUAGUUUGUUUAAAAUUUUCAUUAAAAAUUGUUCUACAAACAAGAUUCACCUUUUAAAACUCUAGUUUCUAAACAUUAGUCUUGAAAAGCUAGGAUUGUCUUAAAAUCAGGGUUCAGUCAGGGCCUCUUAAGUUGAUCUGAAGUUCUAAACAUUUCUCUUUAUUUGCAGUGUUUCUAAUUUUGCACUGAUUGCUGUUAUUUAUUUUCGGUGGAGUGGCUGUUCUGGGAUACCUUUGCCCUUCGACACACCUGGAAAGCAUCAAGCAGGAACAGCCCACGUUCCUCUCUUCCUUUGCCUAAAAGGAAAGCCUAAGGCAGGGAAAGAAGCAGCAAAAAAGCCCAGACUAGAGCAGGCAUCAGUGACAACAAAAUGACAUUGAUUAAGUCAAACACAUAAGGAGAAGCUGGGAUGGAGGAGGGUUGUAUAAAGCUUUUUUUUUUUUCUUUUUUUUUUUGCAGAGGAAGCAGCAAAGAUUAGGCUGGUAAGAGCAUCUUAAACGAGAGUGAUUAGCCAGUGGUAAGCUUACAGGAAAAUCUGGCUGUCAGCUGAUGAGGGCUUGCAUGACAUCAGCUGAUCUCAAUUAUACAGCAGGACUUUUCUCCGUGGCCUUCCUGAAAUAAUGCUAUAUGCUCAAUUUGUCUUAUAUAUGGGCCAGAACAGUAUUACCACUUUAAUAUGAACCAAAAGUGUCCUGAUUUUUUACUAUUUAGAAGCUGGGUCUUAAUGCAGGCGUAGCAUCCUUCAAAGGAGUCCUCAUAACCUGUGUAGGCUGCUUCGGCUUGUAUGAAAUAAGACUGUCUGGUCCUUAAAGGAUGAACAGUUUGCAUCCAGCCUUUACCCUUUCACCUCUUAGCAUCACUUCAGUCGCCCAGCAACCUCUACAGCUGCACUUGAGCUAGCUUAGAUAACUAACAGCAUGUAAUUUAACCUGUUAUUUAAAGAUAUUUUGAAGUUUGAAUCCUUUUUUUACCAGCAGUAUUGGUGGCUUUUGGGUGGAAUUCACACCAAAGACUUAAAUAUAGAAGAAUUAUGAGAGUCCACCAGCCAGUUUGAAUGGGUGAUCCAUGAAUUUCAAGAUAUGGCGGCCUUCUUAGGAUGCAUCAGAUGGAUACUUCAUUGGCCUGGGAGAGAAGGACUCAUGAAUCAAACAGUGCAGCCUUCUGUACACUGCUUUGACAUAAUCAGCCUUGAAAUGCAUUUUCUAAAGGAUACAACCCCUGAAUUGGAUAUAGCUGCAGUCUCAGGAGCUAAAGGAACAUUUUUUGUCCAGAGGUUGGAGGCUGCAGGAAAGAUCGUGGCCUCGUCAAAGGCCCAUCUCAAACAGAAAUGAGAUGUGGACAUUAGUUGAUUUUCUUCCUUAGAGAUGGUAAGAGAUUGGUCUGUUACUGGCUUUUGGACUGGUAGAUGCUCUGACUAUAUUUGACCAUCUGACUGUUAGAUGUAUUGAACAUUUACUGGUCAUCUGACUGGUAGAUGUGAUUGUGGAUCAAGAUGUUGGAUGGAUGGUUGGACGCUCAUCUUAAGCCCUGCUCCUAGCAGGUCAGACGUCAUGGCAACAAACGAGGAUGCGACUUUAAAAUGGUGAAAAACAAACGAAGCUUUUUGCUCUAAAGCUUUAUAGAAGCAGAAUGUGUUUUCUGUUUAACGACUGAGAUGAGUUCACAUUGUGAAUGUUUUAUUAUGAGAUGCACCUUUAUUGUUAUAUCUGUGUUUUUAUGUCAGUUUUACCAUAUACAUAAAAUUUCUAUAGGACAAGGAUGGAAAUACUUCAUAUUUUCUUGCUAUCAAUAAAUCCUUUUAAAUACA